AUGUCCCGUCGCGCGUUGCCCACUUAUGACUUCGACCCUCCUCCGCCGCCGUCAAAAUGCGCCAAGGUGCUCCACUGUAUCUGGAAGAUCAUUACUUGUGUCUUCUCCCAUGCAUUCCUGGUCACGCUGGUCGUCGCCUACUGCAUACUUGGGGCAUUCACGUUUGAACACCUCGAGGCAGAGAACGAGCGAAAGGUGAAACGUGGCAUAGUUUAUAUAAGAAGCAACAUGACGGAAGUUUUGUGGCAAUUAGUUCGGGAUACCCCGGUACUUGUUCAAGAGAAUUGGACUGAAGUAGUAGUAUCUAGGUUAAGGGUUUUUGAAACGGAAAUUUUAACAGCCAUGAAACAAGAUGGCUGGGAUGGUAAUGAGGAUGAAAAUGCUAUACAAUGGACGUUUGCUGGUGCUUUGUUCUAUUCCAUAAUUGUUAUUACUACUAUUGCACGAAUGUAA